AUGGAGGGGUUUGUGGUCUCAGCGGAACACGAUCCAGGCCGGCCGAUUGUGGUUUGGGUGAGAAGAGGUAGACCGCAGGAUUAUCGACAGGCAUCAGACACAGAAUCUAGUGUUUCUGGAUCGCAGUGGGUUGGUUCCGCAGAUCUGCUGUGGUCUCUGCCCCAGGUGGUGCAGCAGCAGGAGGUGGUGCAGCAGGUGGUGCAGCAGCAGGUGGCGCAGCAGGUGGUGCAGCAGCAGGUGGCGCAGCAGCAGGUGGUGCAGCAGCAGGUGGUGCAGCAGCAGGAGGUGGUGCAGCAGGAGGUGGUGCAGCAGCAGGUGGUGCAGCAGGUGGUGCAGCAGCAGGAGGUGGUGCAGCAGGUGGUGAAGCAGCAGGUGGUGCAGCAGCAGGAGGUGGUGCAGCAGGUGGUGCAGCAGCAGGGGGUGCAGCAGCAGGAGGUGGUGCAGCAGGUGGCGCAGCAGCAGGAGGUGGUGCAGCAGGUGGUGCAGCAGCAGGAGGUGGUGCAGCAGGUGGCGCAGCAGCAGGAGGUGGUGCAGCAGGUGGUGCAGCAGCAGGAGGUGGUGCAGCAGCAGGAGGUGGUGCAGCAGCAGGUGGUGCAGCAGCAGGAGGUGGUGCAGCAGGUGGUGCAGCAGCAGGUGGUGCAGCAGCAGGAGGUGGUGCAGCAGGUGGUGCAGUCGCUAUGA